UCUUUCUUCAAGGGAGUGUGGAAGACUAUGAAGCGGCUCUUCAGCUGCCAGAACAAAGUCGGGUCCUCAGACUGCGUCCCAUCUACUGAAUCCUUUCACUCUCGCUAUAUGGUAAAAAGGAUUAUUGGAGAAGGAGGCUAUGGCAAGGUGUAUGAGGGAAUCCGUAUUUCUGAUGGCAAAAAGGUUGCCAUCAAAUAUAUUGAAAAGUCUACACGGAAUCAGUAUCUUCAAACUGACCUGCAUCCUGAACCUCUAUUUAAUGAAGUUGCACUGAUGCUAGUGAUGAGGCAAGGAAAAAUAAGUCCCCUCAUCAUACAACUGUAUGAGUGGUUUGAAGACCCUAAAGAGUUCACGCUCAUUAUGGAGUAUCCAGAUCCCUGCGAGAGCUUGUUGGACUUCAUCAACGACAAUCCCAGCAUGAAUGAGACCACAGCACGACGCAUCAUGUGUCAGGCGGUGCGAGCAGUGCAGCACUGCAUCAAGCGCGGUGUUUUUCACAAUGACAUUCAUCCAGACAAUUUCUUGUUGAGAAAACACACUUUGGAGCUCAAGCUAAUAGACUUUGGCUGCGGUCAACUGUUUAGUAGCGAUGGCUACGAUAGCAUGCAGUAUAGAGGUGAGCUGGCAUUUUGUGUGCAAACCAACAUUUAG